AUGGUGAUUCGUGACUGCUGCUUUGUAGAUUUCCACAGACAUAAACCCCCACCCCCCACCCCCCACCCCCUCGGUGCUCAGCGUAGUGUGAGACAACACACAGUAGAUUCCUCUUGUCUGGACCCGACUGUGGCACACAUCACACGAAACGAAGGGAGGAAGGGGGAGGGAAAGGGGAAAGAAUCCCAUUUGGCUGCACAUCAGCCCCCGCUAGACAACACAUAUCAGCCCCCGCUCGACAACACAUAUCAGCCCCCGCUCGACAACACAUAUCAGCCCCCGCUCCACCUACGACAACACAUAUCAGCCCCCGCUCCACCUACGACAACACAUAUCAGCCCCCGCUCCACCUACGACAACACAUAUCAGCCCCCGCUCCACCUACGACAACACAUAUCAGCCCCCGCUCCACCUACGACAACACAUAUCAGCCCCCGCUCCACCUACGACAACACAUAUCAGCCCCCGCUCCACCUACGACAACACACAUCAGCCCCCGCUCCACCUACGACACACAUAUCACCACAUACGACAACACAUAUCAGCCCCGCUCCACCUACGACAACACAUAUCAACCCCCGCUCCACCUACGACAACACAUAUCAGCCCCCGCUCCACCUACGACAACACAUAUCAGCCCCCGCUCCACCUACGACAACACAUAUCAGCCCCCGCUCCACCUACGACAACACACAUCAGCCCCCGCUCCACCUACGACAACACAUAUCAGCCCCGCUCCACCUACGACAACACAUAUCAGCCCCCGCUCCCCCGCUCCACCUACGACAACACAUAUCAGCCCCCGCUCCACCUACGACAACACACAUCAGCCCCCGCUCCACCUACGACAACACAUAUCAGCCCCCGCUCCACCUACGACAACACAUAUCAGCCCCCGCUCCACCUACGACAACACAUAUCACCUACGACAACACCAGCCCCCGCUCCACCUACGACAACACAUAUCAGCCCCCGCUCCACCUACGACAACACAUAUCAGCCCCCGCUCCACCUACGACAACACAUAUCAGCCCCCGCUCCACCUACGACAACACAUAUCAGCCCCCGCUCCACCUACGACAACACAUAUCAGCCCCCCGCUCCACCUACGACAACACAUAUCAGCCCCCCGCUCCACCUACGACAACACAUAUCAGCCCCCGCUCCACCUACGACAACACAUAUCAGCCCCCGCUCCACCUACGACAACACAUAUCAGCCCCGCUCCACCUACGACAACACAUAUCAGCCCCAUAUCGCUCCACCUACGACAACACAUAUCAGCCCCCGCUAGACAACACAUAUCAGCCCCCGCUCCACCUACGACAACACAUAUCAGCCCCCCCCUGCUCCACCUAG